GGAGAGGGAGGUAGGGAGGGGCCCGUGAGCGAGAGGGGGAAGCGGACGGUAAAUAGAGGGAGAGCCAGAGACAACAGCAGUGCUGCAUCGGUGGAACAAGAGAGAGAGGGAGGGAGGUGGAAGAGGGAUAAAGCACGAGGGAGCAGAGAGAGAGAGAGAGAGAGAGAGAGAGAGAGAGAGAGAGAGAGAGAGAGAGAGAGAUCCAGAGGAAGAGAGGGGGGCUUCCAGACUGGAUGGGCCCAGCGGUGCCUUGAUGGAGCAUGGGCCAGGUUCUAGGAUUCUCCCGCUGCAAGGAAUAUGGUUCUGUCUCCUCCACACCUGAUUCAACAUCUCCCUGCACUGAAGGUGGGAAUGAGGAGUCUGAGCUGUACGACCUGCAGACGGCCAGGGAGUGGUCUGACGAAGAAGACGGGGGUCCGGAAGAUGAUGACGGUGGAGCUUCAUCCCCCUCCAUUUGGGGGACCCCGAGACAGAACUCCUUCGAGCCCACCUUCUCCUACAUCGCCAUCGCCGAGGCCGAGGCAGGCGGAUCCUCACGACAUCAUCGUGACUCAUCGUCAGGGAGCCGGCGGAGGAGCGGGGCCAGGGGAGGCCGCACCUCCCUGAGCCGCACGGACACCGUGGAAAUGCUCCUCCCCCUGGACUCCCCCGACGUGGAGUGGGACCCCCACGCCUUCCUCGCCCGAGAGGAGGAGGAGGAGAGGGAGCAGGAGGAAAGGGAGAGGGAGGUCCACAGACAGACUGAGACAGUCCAUGCAUCUCUCCUAGAUACUGAGAUUGAACCUCAGGAGAGGGACACAGAGACCCAGAGAGGGGAGACAGAGCCCCUGGAGCCCCGGCACUACAGUCCCUCAGAGAGCCCCCAGGCGGCAUCACCGCCCCCUGAACCUGAGUCCCUCGUAACCAUGGAAACCACCGUCACAACGCUCACGGCCGCGCGACCAAGAGGCGGCCUCACCGAUGACGUGCCAUCUGCUUCCUCCACCUCCAUUGGUCGAAACACUCAGGAAGAGCUGGUCAGCGAACAGUGGUUUUCAGCGUUCAGCCUAUCAGGCCCCGCGUUAUGCAUCCACGUAGCAGUGAUGGAUCUGAUCUACUGGAAGGACACAGAGCGUACAGGCAUGGUAUUCACAGGGCUGGUGGUUGGCCUGCUGUCCUUGUUCCAGCUCAGCAUCAUCACAGUCAUCUCCACCAUCUCCCUGGGCGCCCUGUGCUUCACCGUAUCAGUCAGCCUCUACUAUAAAAUCCUGCAAGUGCUCAACAUGGGAGACGGAGUGCACCCUUUCAAGGCGUAUCUGGACCUGGACAUCAGUUUCAGUGGGGAGCUGGCGGACCAAUACACGCAGAAGACCAUCGUCACAGUCGUCUCUGCUGCUAACUCACUCAAGAAUCUCUUUCUGGUUGGAAACCUCUUUGACUCUCUCAAGCUCCUGGCUCUGAUGUACCUGGUGACUUUCCUGGGAGUCCUGUGUAACGGCCUUACAGUGCUCAUCAUUGCUGUGAUCACUCUCUUCUCUCUACCACUGUUCUACAGGCAGCACCAGGCAAAAGUGGACGGCUUCUUUGCAGGAAUUCAGGCAAAGAUUGACAACGUCAAGGACAUUCUCCACAGAAUUGCCCAAGGUGGUGGUCCCACCCCUGACCCGACCCCUGGCGGUGCGAAGCCCAAAACACAAUGAGGAUUAACGGCGGACAGGAGAGGAGGAUGAGGAGCAGAGAAGAGGAGGAGUUACAGGCUGUCACUCAGAUGUCUUACUCGGCAGUCUGCUCAGAGCUCCAGAAGGCGGAGCUUCUGAGAUUGGGCAGGUUGUGUGGGGAGUCGAAGCAUGGGGUUGGGACACGAUGAUACUGUUAUGGUGGGAUAGGGUAGGUUGCUACUGGGUGAGGAUGAGGGAACGGAAGUGAUAUCUGGACGAGAGUUGUUGCUGUUUCAAAGGGAGAUUUAAGGCAUGGCCUACAUGGGUGAUUGUGACUUGAAUGGUACAGACAGCUGCAGUCCAGUAAAAUAAUAAGACUGAUUGGAACCUCUGAUUCUAGGAGACCUGUGGGUUCCUUAUUGACAGCUGUAUAUCUGAACAGAGGGAAGUAAAAACUUCAGUAUAGAGUCCAGCAGGACUGGAGUUCACCAGGAGCUAGGAUGGGGUCAGAAAUUGGAGUUCACCAAACCGGAGUUCACCAUUAUUCAUAGCAGCCUAACACUUGGAAUCAGGAUGUGUGUGUGGUAGUGUCUGUGUGAGGGAAUGAUGGCACUUUGUGCUCAUGACGAGUGUGUGUGUGUGUGUGUGUGUGUGUGUGUGUGUGUGUACACAGUAUGUGUGAGUUGACAUGCAGCUCGCUGAUCUGAACCUGUUACCUGAGAACUAUUAAAACCACAACAGUUCUUUUCAUUUCAAAUGUUCUGUUUCUUUUUGCCCACGUGAUCAUCCCCACAACAUUUGGUGUUCAUCGACGUUGAGCGUCUUCCCUUCUUGUUUCAACAGACUGUACAACCAGUGAGGUUUCUAAAAAUGGCCUUCAGCUGCAGGAUGCAACAGCACAGUCAGAACCAGGCCUCGAAAUGCAUUUUCUGAAUUCACAGUCGAGAAGACAAUGAUCAAAAAUGUACACCGUAUGACUUUUAAAGAUCCAAAUAUCUGUGAGAAUGGAAUUGGGGGAAAUGCAGUUAAUUAGGAUUUCAUCUGAGAUUGAGGUCAAAUUAAUCUGGGUAAUAAAGUACUGAGUAUUGAUGGUUAAACCAGACAUCUGAUGUUGGAGUAUUGAAACAGUUCUAUUAAUCUCCUUCAUUGCCAGCCAGAAUAUGGUUUGAUAAUGACAGGACAAUUGUUAUGGAAACAGAGGCACGCACAUGUCCUUCUGGAAAUGCAUCGAAAGUGUUCAUACAAAGGAGUUGAAAAAAUAAAAGGGCUAGAUGGACAAUUUGAAGAUCUAUGGAGGGGGGUACUGUUACCCAAACGUUGAACCCCAAUCACCCACACAGAGGGUACCCUCGAGCCUAAUCUCUCGUGGACAGAUGCACGCAAACGUAGGACGGUAUGGU